UGCUUUUUAAGCGCGCCCGCGCGCCGGCUCCAUGCGUUCGUAGCCUCUGGUUUCCUGCCGACCUCGCAAGAUUCUUCUCCAGACGCGGACGGGCUCUUUUUUUUUUUUUUUAAAGAAUAAAGCCUUGGGAGGGCUCCGCGUCCACGCGCCUGCGCAGUGGACUGGCCCUGUGGAGGACAUUGAAACAAAUGAAGUACAUUUUGGUAACAGGUGGUGUCAUCUCAGGGAUUGGAAAAGGAAUCAUUGCCAGCAGCGUUGGGACGAUCCUCAAAUCAUGUGGAUUACACGUCACUUCCAUUAAAAUUGACCCUUACAUUAACAUUGAUGCAGGCACCUUCUCUCCUUAUGAACACGGUGAGGUCUUUGUGUUGGAUGAUGGAGGAGAAGUGGAUUUGGAUCUGGGUAACUACGAACGGUUUCUUGAUAUCCGGCUCACAAAGGACAAUAAUCUGACCACUGGGAAAAUAUACCAAUAUGUCAUCAACAAGGAAAGGAAGGGAGACUACUUGGGUAAAACGGUGCAAGUUGUGCCCCACAUUACUGAUGCCAUCCAGGAAUGGGUGAUGAGACAAGCACGGAUCCCAGUGGAUGAAGAUGGCAUGGAACCCCAAGUCUGUGUGAUUGAGCUCGGAGGAACAGUGGGAGAUAUUGAAAGCAUGCCUUUUAUUGAAGCAUUCCGCCAAUUUCAAUUCAAAGUCAAGCGAGAGAACUUCUGUAAUAUUCACGUCAGUCUAGUUCCCCAGCCAAGUUCUACAGGGGAGCAGAAGACAAAACCCACCCAGAAUAGUGUUCGCGAACUUCGGGGCCUGGGUCUAUCACCAGAUCUAAUCGUGUGCAGAUGUUCCACGCCUCUGGAUACCUCGGUGAAAGAGAAAAUUUCCAUGUUUUGUCAUGUAGAACCAGAACAGGUGAUCUGUGUCCAUGACGUCUCUUCCAUCUAUCGUGUUCCUCUGUUGCUAGAGGAGCAAGGAGUGGUGGAUUAUUUUAGACACAGGCUCAACCUUCCCAUUGAAAAGCAGCCCCAGAGAAUGCUGAUGAAGUGGAAGGAGAUGGCAGACAGAUACGAUCGCUUAUUGGAGACCUGUUCUAUUGCCCUGGUUGGCAAAUAUACAAAGUUUUCAGAUUCAUAUGCCUCUGUCAUUAAAGCCUUGGAACAUUCUGCUCUAGCAAUCAAUCACAAACUCGAGAUAAGGUAUAUUGAUUCUGCUAAUCUGGAACCGGUUACAUUACAAGAAGAACCAGUUCGAUAUCACGAAGCCUGGCAGAAGCUGUGCAGUGCUGACGGAGUCUUGGUUCCAGGUGGUUUUGGUGUUCGAGGCACAGAAGGAAAAAUCCAAGCCAUUUCUUGGGCAAGAAAGCAGAAGAAACCUUUCCUAGGAGUCUGUCUGGGAAUGCAGUUAGCUGUUGUGGAGUUUGCCCGCAACAUCCUUGGCUGGCAAGAUGCCAACUCUACCGAAUUUGACCCCAAAACUACACACCCAGUAGUAAUUGACAUGCCGGAACACAAUCCAGGUCAAAUGGGUGGAACCAUGAGGCUGGGCAAGAGGAGAACUAUCUUCCAAACCAAGAACUCUGUCAUGAGAAAACUGUAUGGAGAUGGUGAUUACUUAGAAGAAAGGCACAGACACAGAUUUGAGGUAAACCCGGAGCUGAAAAACUCAUUCGAAGAGAAAGGUAUGAAGUUUGUAGGCCAGGAUGUAGAAGGAGAGCGAAUGGAAGUGGUUGAAUUGGAAGAGCAUCCUUUUUUUGUGGGGGUUCAGUAUCACCCAGAAUUCCUAUCCAGACCCAUAAAACCCUCUCCUCCUUACUUUGGCCUCCUCCUGGCUUCUGCAGGGAAACUCUCACAUUAUCUCCAGAAGGGCUGCAGACUCUCUCCCAGCCUGAAUUUUACAGGGAUACCUAUAGUGACAGAAGUGGAAGUAGUUCCCCCGAUUCCGAGAUCACAGAACUGAAAUUUACUGCAGUGAAUCAUGAGUAAACUGCUGGUGUUUGGAAAUUCUUCACUGGACAACCCUACGUCCUGAGGAUUUUGUAGAUCAUGUUAUUAUCAUUAUUUUUUUACUUUUGGAAACAUCUUGUCAUUACCUUUUUUUUAAAAGAAAGUAUUCCGAGAAACUGGCCGUGCUGCUUAGCUGUGCUCACCUGGGAACUUACAAACCUGAAGUGCAGAAGCUGAGGGAGGGAAGAGACAUUUUGGACACGUAAGGAGGUUUAACGUCGUAAUUGCUCGCAGAAGAGGCCAAGCAGAAUCUCUGCUCAGGAUUGUCUGAUUCUUCUACAUUGUUGGAGGUGUACGUUGUAUCGUUGGCAAUCUCAGUGGCAAGUCGUACAAGGCAGCCUAUAUCACAAAGCUUCUAAAGUAUUCAAAAACAAACUUGGUGCUACAGCCUAACAAUCCCUUAACCUUUCCCAAGAGAAUAAUUUUCCUGUUCCCGAGAGACUCGGUGUGUACUCUGAUGCUGGAGCCCCACAGUCAAAGAUCCUUUGAAAAUGUGAGUGUGUUAAUUCCUGCCCCACCCUCCCCAAGCCAUUUUACACAUUGACCAGAGGAGCAUGGCUUUCUUUAGUUCAGCUUCCUGAACUGAUUCCUUGCAUCAAGGGGGCAGGGGAUGCAGUGGGGGUGCACGUGUAUGAAAAAGUGACUUUUCAGAAGUUGCCUUUUGCACCUCUUAUUGCGAGCUUUGCCUUGGACUAGAAAGAAGCACUGAGGGUCUUGUUUUUCGAAGUGAGACCAUCACACUACGCGGAAGGAAGAGCUCCUGUGGGCGUAUGGGCUGCCCUGGGCAUCUGUUUUGACAAGGGGAUGUAUGUGUCCGGUGACACGCAGAUGCAGCGCUAGGAGAGAGAAAGGACAAGCCUGCAGAUGUGGGGGUUGAAGACAAACAUGGUUUACGAUCUUUUCCCAGUGCAGGGUUUGAAACUACAUUUUCCAGCAAGUUACGCGAAACAGUGUGUUAGUGCAAACAUAUUGGAUGUACAGAUCUUUUUCAGUUCAUUAAAACUUUGGGAAAACAA